AUGCCUGUGGGACAAUACACAACACGCCCAUAUAGCUCAUUUCGAGCUGGCAAAAUCAAUUCUUCAUCAAUUACAACGACAGCAUCAUCUAACACAACAACAACAAAACCACAAUACAAUUAUUUAUCACCGACAGCAUCUUCAUCGUCAUCAUCUCAAUCAGUUUCAUCCUCAUCGUUCACCAAUCAAAGACUACAACCAUUUCGUAGUAGUUUGUAUGGCACCAAGUCAACAACAGCUAGUUUAGCAGCUAGAGACGACUAUCGCAACAGGGUGACAGGAUCAUCAAAUGUACCAACUGCCAUAAAACCCCUUACCCCAAAGACUUGCAGACGCAUUGAAUCUUAUGCUGAUGCUGUUAAUGGUGGUAACAAAACAAAAAACCUAACACCAACAAAAACAGCAUUGUCUGCCAAUAACAACAACACAAAUAGCACGAGCAACAAACAAUUCCUACGGAGUCGAUCCAACAACAACAACAUAGCAAGAUCACAAAACAACAACAACAACAACAACUUUGAUCGUGGCAACCAAAGUAACAUCAGCUUCCGUAGCCGGAAUAACCUACAACCCCAUCAGCACCACGCCAAGUCACCUGCGGUAAGCAGUAGUGGUGCUUCGGACGAGUCAAUUGUCCCGAAAUACGGUGCUGCCAUGUAUAACAACAACAACAAUAAUGGUGGGCGUCCCACUUCGACGCUCCUCAAUUGUGGCUCACAAAAACGAGCCUACAAUACAGUCAAAGUGCCAAAAGAAAAUGUUCCUAUCAACUCGAAUAGUAGUCGUUCCUCCAAUCAUGGUGGUUACUUCAACAGGUUCUCGACGUCGACAACGAUGGCAACAACAACAGCAGCAACAGCAAAAGUUGCUCCACCAGUGACCAAAGACAUUACCAAACCAGCAAGAGCAGGAAACAACAAGACAACUGGCCCUCUUUCCGCGCCACUGCAACACAAAAAGAAAUACAAAGAGGACAACAAACUCUCCAGCUCGUCAUCGCCACAGCUCAAUAGCAACCAAAACCGGCGACAAUACCCGCCGAUGAUGGUAGUGGGUGGUAAUGAUGGAGUUGGCAGCACUGGAAGUACUCUAAAUAAUAGUAGUGCCAGUGGAAGUUUAAGUGGCGGAAGUCAGGGUUCCCCGCGGACAAAGAAAGCCUUUUCUACAAAGUUUCCCAAUGGUUUGCCAUUCGAAGAUGAAUUCUAUCGCCAGCGAUCGUUUUCACAUUCAUCCAGCAACUAUAGUCCGUAUAGCAGUGGUGCCCAACGUUCAAAUGUCAGAAUAGAUGAUGUUAAUAUGACACGAACGACCAAGUUCAAUGGCGGCGAUGAGGAUAUCGACGAAGACGAUUACCAUGACGACGCAGAUGAUGAUGAUGAGUUUACUCGAAAACCAUCGAACGAACCACUUUAUGUGGACUUUUCCAAACCGAUCAUACAACAACAACAACAACGAAAAAAGAAUGACAGCGAUACCAGUAGCAUUAGUAGCAGUUAUUAUCAGCGACAGCAGCGACAUCAGCAUUAUUUCGAAUCAACAGCUCGUGGCCAAGCCACACAAGCAUCUAGUCAUUUGCAUUAUACUCAUCAAAGACAGCAGCAGCAGCAACAACAACAAACUCAACAAUAUCGUACCAGUGGUUAUUUAUACAAUGGCAAAAAUGAAAGUAGUAGUUUUAGGACAACAGCGACAUCUACAACAACAGCAAGAAGAAUAGUCCGUGGAACGGGCUGCAGCGUGCAUGACAAUAUCAAUAACAAUGACUGUGCCAACAAUUAUUAUGGCGGUAGUAGUAGAAGGAAGACGGAUGUUUAUCGAGCGGUAGCAUCGUGGGUUCCAAAAUGUCCACAACAUCAUACAAAGACUACAACGACAACUUAUACUUCGUCGUAUAGCGAUCGCAACAAUAACAAUUAUUUACAGCCAAACAGCCGCAGAGACAUUUUGGAGCCCACGAACUGUGAGUAUAAGUAA